ACCACAAAAAACUUUCAUACUGCCUUACCUGUAUUUCCAAGUCGUGCUAGCUGAGCAAUCUGCGAACCUUGGAAUAUUACUUCAUCCAAUUCCCUUGCAAAGAAAAGAAGAGAAAAAUGGCUGGAGCUUUGAUCGGAGAGGCCUUUAUUUCUGCUUCCAUCCAGGUGAUUUGUUACAGAAUUGCUUCACCCAAGUUCGUCGACUUAUUUCGGCACAAGAAACUCGAUCAACCUCUCCUCAUGAAACUAAAGAGGACGCUGUUGACCUUGAACGCAGUGCUCGAUGAUGCAGAGGAGAAGCAAAUUGAGAAACCAGCUGUGAGAGAGUGGCUUGACGACCUCAAACAUGCAGUCUUUGAUGCUGAGGACUUGCUGGAUGAGAUCAACUAUGAAGCCUUGCGAUGCAAGCUGGAAGGUGAAGCUCAAACAGCCGACAAAUUAACCAACAAGGUGCGGAAAUUCCUCCCUACUUCUCGUAAUAGGUUUUAUCAAAGCAUGAAUGUUAAGAUACAAGAGUUGUUACGAAAAUUAGAAGACUUUGUACAAUUGAAAGGUGCUCUUGGUUUGACAGAAGUUGUUGGGAGGAAGGUUUCACAAAGAACUCCAACAACUUCCUUGGUUCAUGAACCUUAUGUAUAUGGUAGAGAAGAAGUCAAAGAAAAUUUAUCAAAAGUGUUGCUCUCUGAUGAUGCAAGCAAGGAGGAUGUGUCCUUCAUCACCAUUGUUGGAAUGGGCGGGGUUGGCAAGACAACCCUUGCCCGCAUGCUUUACAAUGAUGAUAAGGUGAAAGAGCAUUUUACACUUAAAGCUUGGGCUUGUGUUUCAGAAGACUAUGAUGCUAUCAGGGUAACUAAAACUCUUCUUGAGUCAGUCACUUCAAAAACUUGCAAUACAACAGAUCUGAAUUUGCUUCAAGUUGAACUAAGAGAACAACUUAGGGGGAAGAAAUUUUUAUUUGUGUUGGAUGACCUUUGGAAUGAGAAAUAUACUGAUUGGAACUGCCUCCAAACUCCCUUUACUUCAGGGGCAAGGGGAAGUAAAGUCAUCGUAACAACACGGAACAAAAAUGUAGCAUCUUUCAUGCAAAAUGUUCCCACUCAACCCUUGGAACCAUUGUCGCAUGAAGAUUGUUGGUCAUUACUUGCAAAACAUGCGUUUGGAAAUGUAAACUGUAGUGCAUAUCCAAGCUUGGAAGAAAUCGGCAAGAAAAUUGCACGAAAGUGUAAUGGGUUGCCUUUAGCUGCACAAACACUUGGCGGUUUGUUACGUUCCAGGCUAGACUCUGAGGUAUGGAACAGAGUACUAAACAACAACAUUUGGGAGUUACCUUCCGAGAAAAGUGACAUUCUUCCUGCUCUAGGGUUGAGUUAUCAUUAUCUUCCAGCUAAGUUAAAGCAAUGCUUUAUUUAUUGUUCAAUUUUUCCAAAAGACUAUGAAUUCAAGGUAGAAGACGUUGUUUUUCUUUGGAUGGCGGAAGGUUUAAUUCCCCAAGCGGAGAAUGGGGACAACAUGGAAGAAGUGGCUAAGGAAUAUUUUGAUGAACUUUUAUCCCGAUCAUUGUUUCAAACAUCGGGGAAAUCAAGUUUCGUUAUGCAUGAUCUCAUCAAUGACUUGGCUGUGUUCAUGUCUAAAGGAUUUUGUUCCAGGUGGGAAGGGAGGGAAUCACAUGAAGUAGAAAGAGUUCGCCAUUUGUCAUAUGCUAGGGAAGAAUAUGAUGUUUCUCUUAAAUUUGAGCAAUUAAAGGAGGCUAAGUGUUUGCGGACCUUCCUACCUACCUCUUUAAAUCCAUAUAACUCUUAUAAAAAUUAUUAUCUAAGUAAAAAGGUUGUACAAGAUUUGUUGUCAUCACACAGAUGUUUACGGGCGUUAUCAUUGUCAAGUUAUAGGAAUGUCACUCAGCUACCUGAUUCUAUUAAAAAUCUUAUUCACUUGCGCUAUUUGGAUCUCUCUGGUACUGCAAUUGAAAGGUUACCUAGUGUACUUUGCAGUUUGUACUAUUUGCAGACGUUACUAUUGUCAAAUUGUUCAUCUCUCGUUGAAUUACCUGCAGACUUGAGAAAAUUGAUAAAUUUACAGAAAUUAAUGCUGGGAGGUUGUGCGUCUCUUGCUAAAUUGCCUGUAGACCUGUGGGAAUUAAUUAGUUUGCAUCAUCUUGAUGUGAGUGGAACUAAAAUUGCAGAGAUGCCAUCGCAAAUGAGUAGACUAAAAAGUUUGAGAACGUUGACUGCUUUUGUUGUGGGGAAAUCUACUGGGUCAACCAUUGGGGAAUUGGGGGAGCUUCCACAUCUUGGAGGAAAACUUAAACUACAAAAUGUAGUUGAUGCUAAGGAUGCUGUGCAAGCCAAUUUGAAGAAUAAGAAGGAUAUGAAGGAGUUAGAGUUCGAAUGGGGCAAUGAAGACUCGGAUGAUUCUACAAAAGUGAGAGAUGUACUUGACAAGCUCCAACCUUGCAUGAAUUUGGAGAAAUUGACUGUCAAACGUUAUGGCGGGACCAGCUUCCCAAACUGGUUGGGAGACUCUGCCUUCAAUAAAAUAAAAGUUAUGCGCCUCGAAGGCUGUCAUUAUUGUUUCGAGUUGCCACCUCUUGGACAGCUACCUGCUCUUAAGGAGCUCUUCAUAUGUAAGAUGAAAUAUCUUAGGACGUUAGGUCCUGAGUUGUAUGGUCAGCCAUUUCAGUCAUUUCAAUCACUGGAGAAGCUGGAGUUUAAGGAGAUGGCAGAGUGGGAGGAAUGGGUACCAAGUGGAAGUGGAGGUCCAGACUUUCCUCGUCUCCUGGAGCUAAUUCUAGAAAAGUGUCCAAAGUUGAGAGGAAGCUUGCCUCGUGAUCUACCUUGCUUGAAGAAACUUUGCAUGGAAGGGUGUCGAGUUUUACAUGAUCAAAGGACCACUGCUACUUCUAGUACUAGUACUAGUCUCAACUACAAUUCUCUUCAAGAAUUGGAAAUAAAAGAUGGAUGCCAAACAGGUCUGUUAUCAUUACUAGAGACAAAACUCCUGUCCCGACUUAAGAUUCGAAAUUUAAAUAACAUACAAUGCUUCCCCAACAUCAAUCGUCUUCAACGUUUGAUUCUCUGGAAUUGUCAACCCUGUCAUCGUUUCCUAAUGAUGGCCUACCCACUACGUUGACAUCACUUUAUAUAAUC